UGGAAAAUGGCUGCCACGGAAGAGAAGCGCCGUGAGGGUGGUGCCCGCUCCCUCAGCCCGGAGUUCUGGAAACAGGACGUCAGCAUGGAUCCUGCAGCACAUGUCUCCGCAGCAGCCGAGGGUGGCCACUUCAGUGAAGAACCUACGGGAUUUGUGUCGGAGGAGCCCCUCGAGUGCCACCUGUAUGAAGAUGACGACGACGAUGAGGAUGGCCACAGCCUGACCCGAGAGGUUCCUGUGAGCCAGGGAGGUGACAGCGACCCUGACAUGUAUCACAGUGAUGAGGAGCCCAAAGAGCUGCAGCUGGCCGCGCAGGAUGCUGUGGAUGCCGGGGAUCGAGUCGGGCGCCAACUGAGACGGCGACCGUUUAGAGACGGGCAGGCGCAGGAACUGGAAACCGCUUUCCACCACAAGCGGUUCGCAGAUGUCCUCAGGAGAAUUGAGUUUGCAAGUGUCCUGUGUGUGCCUGAAUCCAGAGAGAAGGUUUGGUUUAAGAAUCGGAGAGCCAAAUACUGGAAAGCUCAGAGGGAAGUCUUGCUCAGGAAUGCGCCACCUGAUUCCCAGGACCACAUUGUCAUUGAGAAGGAGGAAUAGCUUCUCUAGGAUGCUGUCUUUUUUGAAGAGGCCAACUCUGCUUGGAGUGUUGUUGUUCUGUUGCUGUUGUUUUUGUUGCCAACACCGUUUGUCGAUUCUGUAGCUCUCUCCAUAG